AUGGAAGAAUGGAAACGUCUCGUGAGAGAUACUGUCAACACCCCAGAAAAACUUGCUGCUGCAUUCGAUGUUGACUUAGAAGAAAUGCGGCGUAUUCACAAAGAAUUCCCAAUCCGCAUCAAUCCCUAUUAUCUGAGCCUCAUAGAAGAACCCGGCGAUCCGAUUUGGAAACAGGUAGUUCCCGAUCCAAGAGAACUCGUGAGUACCGGCGUAGAGGACCCACUGCACGAAGAAGACGAUAGCGAAGUGCCAAACGUUACGCAUCGAUACCCCGAUCGGGCACUCUUCUAUGUCAAUUACAUGUGUCCAAUCUAUUGCCGUUUCUGUACCCGUAAACGGAAAGUCGGUGACCCACACUCCAUUUCCGAAAAUAACAUUGAGAUCGGGCUCGCCUACAUUCAGGCGCAUCCAGAGAUCCGUGACGUAAUCAUCUCCGGUGGUGACCCGCUCAUGUUGACGGAUAAGAAAAUUGAUAUGAUCCUCGGGGGACUGCGAGCGAUUAAACAUUUGGAAAUCAUUCGGAUCGGUUCGCGCGUCCCGGUAACGUUGCCGCAACGCAUCACACCAGAGUUGUGUGCGAUCUUGAAGCGACACCACCCUUUUUAUAUCAACACCCACUUCAACCAUCCUCGUGAGAUUACACCCGAAACAGAGAAGGCGUGCGGUAUGUUAGCCGAUGCAGGUAUACCCCUCGGAAACCAGACAGUGCUCCUGAAAGGUGUGAAUGACGAUCCGGCUGUGAUGGUGGAACUGAUGAAAGGACUAUUGCGCAUCCGGGUCAAGCCGUACUACAUCUAUCAAGCCGACCUUGUCGUCGGCACCGACCAUUUUCGGACAGCGAUAAAGACGGGUUUAGACAUUGUCGCGGCGUUACGUGGGCAUAUAUCUGGGAUGGGUGUCCCGCAUUAUGUCGUUGAUGCCCCCGGUGGCGGCGGAAAAAUUGCGCUGAUCCCUGACCCAGUUGUAUCCUUCGAUGACGACGAGAUUCGCCUCCGCAACUACGAAGGCAACGUCUAUAGCUACCCGAGCACACCGUUCUUUGAUGAGGAUUGGUAG